GGAGAUUAGUAUAACACACAUGCUUACUGGAGAAAGAAGAGCUUUAAGUCUCGUAUCGUUUCAGAGGUUCAGUAUCUACUGAGUGAUUUGCAAGAUGAAUAGCGCCCUAAUCCUUCUGGUGGCCGUUGGUCUUUCCUGCUUGAUGGCAGCCCAAGCAGCAUCCUCAUUCGGCGUUCUAGCUGGCCUAGGAGCCUUGACGAGCGCUGUAAGCAAGCGCAGAUAUCACGGUGCUAGCCAUGGACGCGGCCAUGGCCAUGGCUACAGAGCCCCUAAAAGAAAGUACCGUCUCCGCUACGGUCGGUCCGUUGCAGCAGCAGCUGAUGAAGAUGACGACCUGAUUUUAUCCGCAGUAGGACAACUGGAUCCCAACACCUGCGUCCCCAAGAUGUUUUGCCUCCUGCAGGCGAAGGAUGAAUCCGAUCGUACCCUAAAAGAGAACAUGCUUGUGGAAGUCCUAACCGAUAAUACUAUGAAGCCAAACUCCUACAACACUGCCUUCGUCUAUGCUAGAGAUGUGGCCACUAAGACGAAGGACUCCUCCGCCUGCAAGAAGGCUUUCCCCAAAUGCUCACUUGGUGAAGAAGAACUGAAUGAGCUGUUGGAUCUAGCUUGGAGCUGUGACUGCGGCUCGGGAGGAAAAGAGUAAAGUUGGCAGCUACAAACUCUGACGCUCCAGUUAGAGUUGUUGGCAUCUUCCUAUGGCUAGGGCCACAGAAGGGUGAAGAAGGUCCUAGUGUCUCUAAUGUCCGUUGGAUAGUGAAAAUUGUAUGUUCACUGGUGAGUCAUACUGUGAAGAGAAAAGCUCUAAUUGCGGUAUGCCCGACUGGUGUGCAUACAUUGUAUACAGAUAUUCUGUGCCUAUUAGUAGAUAAUAUUUAUUUGUUUCAUGCCUGCGGAUCAGCGGGUUGUUGAUCCAAAGACAGAAGCUGUUUUAUUUUCUGCACCAAAUGUAUGGUUCUGACACCAUGUUGCUUACCAUGGUGA